AUGUCAUUCGACAACAGCAUUCGACCUUCGGUCAUGGAGAUGAUGGGAUAUACAAACUUGGAAGCACUCGCGCCGCCCCAUGAAACGGUCACCGAGGUGGUAACAUCUCUCCGGUCGCGACCAAAUGUAGUGUCAGGGCCCACUACGUAUGGAAGAGGGGAUAGAAAAGCAUGCAACAGCUUUCUGAAAUUCGGAAUCCAAGAUGGUGAUUUGCAGUUCACUAGAAAGGUCGAAGAAGCGAUCGGCAGGCAUCCCUUCCCUCUCCACCAAGGCCCGGUCAUCGUCCAAUCGUCCAACCUUCCAAGCAACUGGAAUAUCCAUGCCGCCCACCCGUGCCAAAAGGGAGUAUCCAUGUUUCGAAGCGUCUCGGGCAAUCUGGAGCGUGGUGUGACAACUCUAAAGCUCUAUCCGCUCUCCCACAACGUGUCAAGCACCGAAUUUGCACAGGAACGAGGAACACCGCAAACGUUUGAUUUGAAAUCGACUGACGUACUUUUUGUUCGAGGCGCGAUCAAGAUGGAGAUUUCGGUGCCGGCUGGAGGGUUUUUCGUAUGGCAAGGAUUCUCUAAAAAUCCGUGGGGAAAAGAUCCAGCAGCAUGUGAGGCGCCCGCUUUCAUGAAGAUCUAG